ACCCGAGAAGCCUAUAAAAGGAGGCCAGGCGGGAGCGUGCUUUCGCCCCCCGGAUAGCUGUGAACCGUCGUGUCUGUUUGUCUGUCAGAAACUGCGCGGGAGGGGAGGAGUCGCCGCUGACGACAUCGGCAGAGACCGGCAGGUUCGGGACGAAGCUUUAGGAACCGGAUUCCGGUUCUUCUGGGAACGUGAGCCGAGCGGCGUUUAACGCCUCGCUGACGGGGAGAACUUCCGUUGUUGUCGCUUACGCAGGUUCGAGGCAGCGGCGCACUCUCUGGGCUAGUAACCAUGGCCGAGGUGGAGCACCAGUUUGGCGCCACCCAAAAUGGGCAUGAAGCGGCGGCGGCGGCGGCCGAGGGAUCCGCGAGUGGCGGCGACGAGGAGCUGUUGCAGCCGGAGCAGCAGCUUGAAGAGGAGGAGGAGGAGGAAGAGGUGGUGGCGGCGGCAGUGGUAGUGGCCGAGGCUGGAGAGGGGGACGGGGACGGCGAAGGAGAAGGCGAAGAGGCGGGGCAGUCGGUAGUUUCUGCGGAGGCGAGCGGUAGCCAGAACGGAGCCGAAGGUGAUCAGAUCAAUGCCAGCAAGAACGAGGAGGAUGCGGGGAAAAUGUUUGUUGGUGGCCUCAGUUGGGAUACAAGCAAAAAAGACUUAAAAGACUACUUUACAAAAUUUGGUGAAGUAACUGAUUGCACAAUAAAGAUGGAUCCUAAUACAGGCAGAUCAAGAGGUUUUGGAUUCAUUCUCUUCAAAGAGGCAGCAAGUGUUGAUAAGGUUUUGGAGCAGAAAGAACACAAACUAGAUGGAAGAGUGAUUGACCCUAAGAAAGCAAUGGCAAUGAAAAAGGAUCCUGUGAAGAAAAUAUUUGUUGGUGGGCUUAACCCAGAAGCAGCAGAAGACAAAAUCAGGGAAUAUUUUGGAGAGUUUGGAGAGAUUGAAGCGAUUGAACUUCCAAUGGAUCCAAAAACCAAUAAAAGAAGAGGGUUUGUAUUCAUCACUUUUAAGGAAGAAGAACCAGUGAAGAAAAUCUUGGAGAAAAAAUUCCACAAUGUCAGUGGUAGUAAGUGUGAAAUUAAGGUAGCACAGCCAAAAGAAGUAUAUCAGCAACAACAGUUUGGUUCUGGGGGCGGCCGAGGAAGAGGUGGAAGAAGAGGUCAAGGCAGUUCAAAUUAUGGGAAGGCUCCAAGACGUGGUCAUCAGAAUAACUACAAGCCAUAUUGAUCAAAGGUAUUCAGGUAUGCAGUGGCAUGCUCUAAUGCACAAAACUACUGCAUAUGUUUUGUACUUAAUGCUGUAGAUGGACAUUACAAUUAUGUACCAAAAUUAACUUUACAAUACAUUUCUAUGGCCUGUUAUGUGUAUCUGAAGACUUCCCUGGAAAUGUCUUUGUUUAAUAUUUACAGAUAAUAGUUGUCUAGAGAGUGUGGUGUGUAAAUUUCAGCCUUGCUGAAGAUUAAUGAUUUUAUUGAUAGGUUAAAUUGAAACUGAUUUUGAGGGUCUGCUUAAAGCUGCAGCUUCUGCAUCUAGGGACUGCCUCUUGGAGUUAACU